AUGGUGAUGUGGGCAUCUGCUGUAGCAUCGAGCCAGUGGCUCAAGAGUCUCCGAAAAUGGUAUUACAAUGCUGCAGGAUUCAACAGACUUGGAUUAAUGCGUGAUGACACACUUUAUGAAGAUGAAGAUGUUAAAGAGGCCAUAAGGAGGCUUCCAGAGAAUCUGUAUAAUGAUCGAAUGUUUCGUAUCAAGAGAGCUCUGGACCUGUCCAUGAGGCAGCAGAUCUUGCCUAAAAACCAGUGGACUAAAUAUGAAGAGGACAAAUUAUACCUUCAACCAUAUUUGAAGAAGGUUAUACGUGAAAGAAAAGAGAGAGAAGAAUGGAACAAGAAGUAAUCAUGUCAA